AUGGUGAUUCAGCUUAUCGCAGCUUAUAACCGUGCCCUUAACUCUCGUCCUUUGAUAACAAAGUCAAUUUCCACCUUCUUCAUCAUUGGAGCUGGUGAUGCUGUAAGCCAAUAUAUUGAAAGCAGGCUUCAAAGCAAGUCAUUCCUUCAAAAUUUUGAUCAUAAAAGAUGCUUUAAACUGAGCUGUUAUGGAGCCUUUUAUUUAGCACCACUUCUGCAUGGCUGGUAUGGGUUUUUAGCAAAAACUUUUCCAGCCCCUGGCACUUUGUCAACUAUUAAGAAGUUGUCACUUGACCAAACAUUUUUUUGCUCUUGGUGUAUUUGGUCUUUCUUUACAGCUGCAACCUUAUUCAAUGGUGGCACUCUGCAACAAGCUCAAGAAAAAAUUAAAAAAGACUACUGGGAAGCUCUUGUUGUAAACUGGAAAAUUUGGCCUCCAGUGAUGUUGAUUAAUUUUUCAAUUAUUCCUCUGCAUACUCAAGUUAUCUUCGUCAACUUUGUAGCUGUAUUUUGGAACGCGUAUUUGUCCUACUUAUCGAACUAUAAGAAAUAA